CCACAUGGGAAACACGGAGCGAAGCGAGUCAGAAACUCCGUGGGCCGUAGCAAAUAGCAAUGACAAAACAAAACCAUUCGACGCCAAUAAAUAGUAACACUUGUUACUCUUUAUUUGCCGUGGCCUUCUUCUCUUGUCUGUUUCACUUUCAACUCCUGCAAGCAUUUGGCUCAGUUUCUUCCAUCUCAUCCAAUCCAUCUGAGGAGAAAGCUCAAUUAUUUAUCAUCGAAUCUAUUGUCCCAAGCCGACCGACGCUUAAAUUAGGCGUCUGGAAGACUGGCGUAUAGAAGAUCCAUAUCUCCGACGGGUCGGGUAUUCCACCAUCUUCACCGGAAUUCAUCGUUGAAAGAAGUCGAGAUCUGACGGAGAAGCGUGGUUGUUGUAUGUAAAGGUAAGGGCUUUUUGCCCCGUUACCGUUUCCCUUCCGGAUUUCCUUGGCACUGUUAGAUGCGGAUAUCCUUUUCAUUUAUAGAUUCGGAUUCCCUUUCUGUUGCGAGUCAAACAAUUGGGAGAAGGAUGUUCAAUUAAACUAAACUUCCAGAAGGAGGAGAAGAAGAAGCAAUCAAGGAGAAUGAGGAAGAAGUGGACCAUUAGAAAAUGUCAAAGACUAAGAGGUUGCAGCAGCAGUAGCGAAGGGCCAAAUUGGAUUGAGCUGCCCGUGGAAAUCAUGAGAAUCGUGUUUGGGCGGUUGAGUUAUUUUGAUCAAAUAUGUUGUCGUAGCGUGUGUAAGAGCUGGCGAGACGUUCCUCCGGCACCAGCCCUACACCAAGAUUUUCUUCCACGGAUGUUUUUGCUGUGCCAUGAUGAUACCAGGUUAUCAAUGUCGAAGGAACUGCGGUCGUGGUGGAUGAAAGGCGAUAAAAGGAUGGUUGGUCCAAUUAUGUUUGAUCCAUGGAAACAAAAGGUGUACCCACUGAUAAAAAGAAGGGAGUUCGGUAGUCGUAGCAGCAGAAUAGUAGCGUUUGAUUCCCGAAAAGGUUGGCUUCUCAUGGGCAAAGAAGCAUCUAAUUUACAUCCCAACUUGUUUCAAGGAUUCGCAUUGUUCCUCUACUCUCCAUUCAGAGAUCAGAUGAUGAACCUCCCCUCACUCUAUGUACCAGGAAAAGUGGCUACGAUCUCCUUUGCUCCUCCGGUGGAUCAUGAUUCAUCAAUCAUCCAAGUAUUCGCCCUCUCCAUUUUUCACCGCCAUAUCUAUGAAGAUUAUUAUUCCAAGCAUCGCUGCCAGAGUGAGAUCACGGUCGGCACGUGCCAGGCAGUGGUACUCGAUGAAGCUGAUGUGGCAACUGCUAGUAGUUAUUGUAAUUGGACUAUGGAACCAGAAGCCAUCUUCAACCCCGCCUUUGAAACCGAGCUCAGCUUGCAGUCGGUGGUGUACUUGAAAGGGACUUUCUACUGCCUUUUCCAGGAUUUAGUGUUGGCGGGAUUUGAGGUCUCGACAAGACUCUGGCGUUGGCUUGGUCCUCGACCAGUAGAGCCUUGCACCCCUAGCUGGCGCUGGCCCGCAGGGGGCAUGUUCGAGUUCGAUGGAAAGCUUGUUGUCAAAGAUGGCCUGUGUCGCAACUGUGUAAUAUUUGAUUUCGAUACCGGAGGGUGGAGGCCUUCAACACGAGAUGACGAUGUUGAUUUUGUGCGGUUCCAGUGCUCCACCAACAAGACAUCAUUUUAUGCUUUGGGAUCAUACAACCUCCCUCGUCCUGCUAAAGAUUCCACCUUUGGAACUGAUGGUGCUUUCGAAGCUUUUUCCAAAUACCCGACACCGCGCCUGCUGUCUACUAGGGCUCCUUUCUAUGAUAAGCUCUACUCUCUUUGCUCACAUUUCUCUGUUUGGAUUCGUCCUACCUAGCCGGCUACCAAGACAUAUUUGUGCUGUGCUGUGCUCUGCUCUGCUUUCUAUCCGUUCCAUGUGUGGGAGUUGGAAUAAGGUUAUGCCUUCAGUUCGUUUUCUUCUUGGUUUACAAUAUUGGUGACAUCCACGGUUAGGACUGAAUCCUGAAAUUGAUGCUGAUGUACUGCUCUUCAGAAUGUACUGCUGGACUUGGUUGGAUUCCAUUUGUUUGUCGGAGUUUAUUUUAAUCCACUUGUAUUCAUGUUUGCAGUAGAUAACAUGAAGAAUUAGAUUAAAAGCAUUCGCCUUCUUUAAAUAAGUGAAAUUUCCUUAAUGAAUUCUUUGAUGUUUU